UUCCUGCCUCUCUGGGCCGGGCUGGAUGAGCUGAGCUCCCUGCCCUGACAGUCAGACCCCUGCCUUCAUCUGUGUCCAGUCCCCAGGCCAGGACCGCCGACGGCUGCUGCCCGAAAGAGCUCAGUGUCUCUUUCCCACCACCCAGUCAGCUAGAGACUCCUGCCCUGCUGUGAGUCUAGAGCCCACUUCUCCUGACUUCUCCGCCGCCACCUCAGAAGGCUGGAGCAGGGACGUGGUCGCUCCGGCCGCCUGCUCCCUUCGGAUCCCCGCGCGAACCCACGCAGGCCCCGGCGCCCGCCCGCAGCCCUGCCUCUGGAUACCGGAUAAGGCCCAGCGCACAGACUCCUGGGUGGACAGCAUGGACCGUGGCAUGCUCCCUCUGCCCAUUACCCUGCUGUUUGUCAUCUAUAGCUUCGUACCCACAACAGGUCUCGCAGAAAGAGUCGGCUGUGAUCUACAGCCUGUGGACCCCACCAGGGGUGAGGUGACGUUUACCACCAGCCAGGUCUCCGAGGGCUGUGUAGCUCAGGCUGCCAAUGCUGUGCGUGAAGUCCACAUUCUCUUCCUGGAUUUUCCCGGAAUGCUGUCAAAUCUGGACCUGACUCUUCAGGCAUCCAAGCAAAAUGGCACCGAGACCCGGGAGGUGUUCCUGGUCCUCGUUUCGAACAAAAAUGUCUUCGUGAAGUUCCAGGCCCCGGAAAUCCCAUUGCACUUGGCCUACGACUCCCGCCUGGUCAUCUUCCAAGGGCAGCCAAGAGUCAAUAUCACACUGCUACCAUCCCUUACCUCCAGGAAACAGAUCCUCGACUGGGCAGCCACCAAGGGCGCCAUCACCUCGAUAGCAGCACUGGAUGACCCCCAAAGCAUCGUCCUCCAGUUGGGCCAAGACCCAAAGGCACCAUUCUUCUGCUUGCCAGAAGCUCACAAGGACAUGGGCGCCACACUUGAAUGGCAACCACGAUCCCAGACCCCAGUCCAAAGCUGUCGCUUGGAAGGUGUGUCUGGCCACAAGGAGGCCUACAUCCUGAGGAUCCUGCCAGGUUCUGAGGCCGGGCCCCGGACGGUGACCGUAAUGAUGGAACUGAGUUGCACAUCUGGGGACGCCAUUCUCAUCCUGCACGGCCCUCCGUAUGUCUCCUGGUUCAUCGACAUCAACCACAGCAUGCAGAUCUUGACCACAGGUGAAUACUCUGUCAAGAUCUUUCCAGGAAGCAAGGUCAAAGGCGUGGAGCUCCCAGACACACCCCAAGGCCUGAUAGGGGAGGCCCGCAAGCUCAAUGCCAGCAUUGUCACCUCCUUUGUAGAGCUCCCUCUGGCCAGCAAUGUCUCCCUGAGGGCCUCCAGCUGCGGUGGUGUGUUCCAGACCUCCCCUGCACCCGUUGUGACCACACCUCCCAAGGACACGUGCAGCCCCGUGCUACUCAUGUCCCUGAUCCAGCCAAAGUGUGGCAAUCAGGUCAUGACUCUGGCACUCAAUAAAAAACACGUGCAGACUCUCCAGUGCACCAUCACAGGCCUGACUUUCUGGGACUCCAGCUGCCAGGCUGAAGACACUGACGACCAUCUUGUCCUGAGUAGCACCUACUCCAGCUGCGGCAUGAAAGUGACAGCCCAUGUGAUCAGCAAUGAGGUGAUCAUCAGUUUCCAGUCAGGCUCACCACCACUUCGGAAAAAGGUACAGUGCAUCGACAUGGACAGCCUCUCCUUCCAGCUGGGCCUCUACCUCAGCCCGCACUUCCUCCAGGCAUCCAACACCAUCGAGCUAGGCCAGCAGGCUUUCGUACAGGUGAGCGUGUCUCCAUUGACCUCUGAGGUCACAGUCCAGCUAGAUAGCUGCCAUCUGGACUUGGGGCCCGAAGGGGACAUGGUGGAACUCAUCCAGAGCCGAACAGCCAAGGGCAGCUGUGUGACCUUGCUGUCUCCAAGCCCUGAAGGUGACCCACGCUUCAGCUUCCUCCUCCGGGUCUACAUGGUGCCCACACCCACCGCUGGCACCCUCAGUUGCAACUUAGCUCUGCGCCCUAGCACCUUGUCCCAGGAAGUCUACAAGACAGUCUCCAUGCGCCUGAACGUCGUCAGCCCUGACCUGUCUGGUAAAGGCCUUGUCCUGCCCUCUGUACUGGGCAUCACCUUUGGUGCCUUCCUGAUUGGGGCCCUGCUCACAGCUGCACUCUGGUACAUCUAUUCUCACACACGUGGCCCCAGCAAGCGGGAGCCCGUGGUGGCAGUGGCUGCCCCGGCCUCCUCUGAGAGCAGCAGUACCAACCACAGCAUCGGGAGCACCCAGAGCACCCCCUGCUCCACCAGCAGCAUGGCGUAGUGCCCAGCCUGGAGCCUCGGGGAGCCCCCCAGCCAGCCCUUGCCCUGCAGGAGAGACGGAGCAAACUGGAAACCACCGGCCAUGAACUUGUCCCAGGAACCAAACACCUCCCCUCAGUCAAGGCUGGAGCACUCCCCUGAACCUGUUCAUUCCUCCCAGUGGAGACUUCAGAUUGGAAUACCUUGGGAUCCCCUCACCCCGCUUUACAGAACUGCCCAAUCCAGGGGCUCUGGGAUAUGGCUGCCCAGGACUAUAGAAAGACACGGCACUGCCGUGUACACCCAUGCUGCUUAGAAGCCUAAGCCUCUGCCUUCAAGCUGGAUCCUGUGCAGGGUGGGCAGGCAAGAACUCAGACAUGCCCAGCCUAGCCCAGAGCGGCCUGCAUCUGGCCCCAGAAGCCUCCUCACCUGGACUGGCACAACUUCGGUUGGGGAAACAGAAGCUGAGGGAGCUCAGCUCAGUGGGCUUAGAUGGGGUGGGGGAGCCGAGCCCCUCCCAGCCCAUCCAUUGGCCAGGCAGUGGGGGGCGUGGCCAGGCGGCUGGUCCUGGGCCAAGUCCUGCAUAUUCACUAAUAAAUCAGACAUGAAACCAG